AUUAAAAAAAAAAUAACACAAAUACAGCCAAAUUAAAUUAAUAAUAUUAUGUUAAUUUUAGAUAAUUAAUAAACAAAAAAAAAUAACAAGUUAUGUUUUAUACAGAUUUUAUGAAUGUAAAUAAAGUCAGGGGCCACCGGCGGCUCAAUAUAUAAAUAAAUAAAAAACAAUGUUCAGCAAAAAGCUUCAUGUAGACGUCAAAAAAUCAACACUUAAAAUUCAAGAUGUUAAAAAAGAUAGUGCAACUAGAUUUAAACAUCUUAAAAUUGUAUUAGAAAAUGUUGAUACUGAUGAGGCUAAAGGAUUUUUCGAGGGUAAUUUUAGUCAUGUUUACUUUAUAUUGUAUGAUUGUUUUGUCGCUGCUGAAGCAAAUUUACGUCAACGAGAACUUUCUUUUCAUCUUGUUCACAAAGCACACAGAGAAGAAUUGGAACAAGUAUUACAAUUAUUUGAAAAAGUCUUGACACUACUUCCAGAAUUAUUAAAUAGAAGAUGGCAAUGUCACAGUAUUGCUCGUAUUUUAUACAAGCUUUUACAUCCUGGUAAUAGCUACAAGCUCAGGCGACAAGCGUUGAGAUAUUUUAUUCUUUGGUAUCAAGCACUUGGUGAAAAUGCACCUGAACAUAUUCAUGAUAUGUUUGCAAGUCUUGUACCUGGUUUUCCACCACCAGCACCAUCACCAAAACCAACUGAACGUCGUGAUAAAACAAACUCAACAAUUGAAGAAAAAGAAAAAAGAGAAUUUUUUGGUACACAACAUGUUACAUCAAUAUUUCAUUGUAAUAAUAAUUCACAAAAUGGACCAGUUACACAAAUAAUUGGUACACCAUUAUUACCAAUUCAAAGUGGUGAAAAACCACUUGAUAAUGAGACUGUAACAUAUUUUGAGGCAAUAUUAGAAUUUAUGGUAACACAAGUUGUUAAAAUUGAAUGGCGUGAUAAACAUACACGUCAAUAUAAAUCAUUUCAAUUUCUUCUUGAACGUUUUAAGCUGUCAUAUUUACAUUAUAUAUGUCCAGAAUUUGAUGAUAAAUUUUCUCUCUAUAAGCCAAAGCUUGAUUUACCAGUAUUACGACAAUCAAUUGUAAAUCAAGCGCAUAAAAAUUAUGCUUUAUGUAAAGUUGCACUUAUAAAAUGGCUAGCAAGUUUUACACAUGUUGUUAAAAAAGAUGGAUCAUUUUUAAAUUCAAGUCAAAAUACAACAUCAAAUGAUGAAUCAACAAAUGACAAUGAUUCAAAAAGAGUAUCAAUUAAUCAUAGUAAUAAAUAUGAUACAAAUUCACUGUCAUCUGAUGUUACAAUUCAGCAUGAUUCAUUAACAAGUCAUGAUGAAGGUCAAAGUGCUGUUGUAUUAGUACGUGAGGUACUUUAUGGUACAAGAGAAAAUGUUAAUUUUGUUCAUGAAAUGUAUCGUCAAGCAUUUUUGUUAGAUUUUAUACAUGCUGGUGCUAUUAGAAAAGCAAUUGCUGUAUACAAAGAUUGGAUACAAACAACUGAAAUACCACCAUUUAUGAUGGAACCAUUGGAUAGUCAUAAAGAUAAAGAUAAAGAUAAUGAUGAUAAUAUUAAAACAAUUGAUUAUGAUAAAAGUCCAAGUGAUAAUUAUCGUUUAACUAGACUGAGAACUGAUUCAUAUCUUGGUGCAAUACAUCGUGAAAAUAUAUUUGUUCGUGCUGGUUUACAAAAUUUAUUACAAGUAUUUAUAACACAAGCAUCAAAUGUAUUUUUUUUAAUUCAUCCUGGUGAUAGUCCGUCAUUACUUGAAGAACAAAUUGACAGUUGUAAAAGAGUAUUAAAUGUUUAUAGAUAUGUUGUUAUGCAUUCAAGAUUAGAACCAUCAACAUGGGAUCAAUUACUUCGUAUAUUAUUACAAAUAACAUCAUUGGUACUUGGUGAAAAAUCACAAAAACGUAAAUCACAUGAUAGCAUUGGUGGUAAACUUGCACCGGCAAUAUUUCAAACACUAAUUGUAACAUGGAUAAAAGCUAACUUAAAUGUUGUUAUUAUAACACAAUUGUGGGAUCAAUUUUUAAAUGUGUUAACAUCAUUGACACACUGGGAAGAGUUGAUUAAAGAAUGGGCUAAAACAUUGGACACAUUGACUAGAGUCUUGGCAAGACAUGUUUAUAAUUUAGAUUUAAAUGAUUUACCAUUGGAUCGUUUGAGUGAACAAAAAUCAAAAAAACGAAGAGGAGUUGGUUGUCGUGCAACUUCAGCAAGUUCUGUACAAUCACCAAGAAGAUGUAGUGUUGAUAGAGAAACUUGUAAUUCUUCCAAGGACAGUGUACCUGAUCAUCCAGUCAGAGAUUUUAGAAAACAUCGACAAUUACCAAGAAGCGCUAGUGAUAAUAAUAUUUACAAUACAAAGUAUCGUGUUAAAUUACAACAAAAAAUUCGUGGACAAACAAGCUUUGAAACACCUGUAUUGCCAUUGACAAUUAGCCGAGACAUGGCUAAAUUAGCAUCAACUAAAAAUGACAACAAUCAACAAUCAACAAUAAUUGAAAGAAAAAGUAUAUCUGGACGAAGAUCAAAGUCAUUGGAUUGUCUUGUGAUAGCUGAAAGUGAACCACCAACUCCUCGCUGUCCAUCACCAACACCGAGUAGUGGAGUUGACAGUAACAAAGACAGUCCAAUUCAAAUUGAAAAUAUUGACGGGACCAGUAUUGAUCCAAAUGAUGCAUCAGAACGACGAUCAGUGAUGGCAGGUGGAGGUGUUCGUGGUUGGCUACCCGACGUUGCUGUGGUUCUCUGGAAAAGAAUGCUGUCAGCCCUGGGUGAUGUCAACAACAUUCAAGAUCCUGUAUUACACGGUCAAGUUAUGGAAUACUUGGUUCAGUUGACUCAAACAUUAAUUAAAAUUCGAUUGAAUCAAGGGGUAUCUGGUGAUAAUCAAUUGACACCACCAACACCAGAACUCAUACCACCUCUAACAGUAAUUGCACCGUGGUGUUUCAAAGCAAUUCAACUCUCUCCCCGUUAUGAAGUUGGAAAAUUAGCAGCUUAUCGUUUAAUUUGCCUGUUGACAAUUCAACCACUCGAUAUUAAUUUGCCAAAAGCACAUUUAACACUUUUUUAUCGUGCAGUACAUCAUGGUAUAACAAGCAAUGACAUAAAAGUUAUUCAUGCACUUGUCAAGUACACUGGUCCACGUUUAUUUAGUCUAAAUUUACCUGGUUCAAGUCUUUUAAUUCUUGAUUAUAUACAUGCUGCAAAUAUUAUACUAGAAAGUCAAGAUGUCAAUGCACCAAGAACUGAAGCAAUAUCAAUACUUGGAUCAUUAAUUUCUUUGCCAAUGUCAACUGGUAAAUUACCAGUAUUACAACCAAAUGGACCAGAUAUUGAAACAAUAAUUUGUCCUGAUGUUAGAGAAUUAAUUUUAACAAUAUUACUUAGAAGCUGUAGACGUGAACCAACUGGUGUUGCACGAUGUCUUGCAUUGUCAAGUAUAUCAAUGUUUGUUUAUCGUGAAUUGUCAUUAAAAACAAAACAUCCACGAGUACCAGAAGCUGUUACUGUACUUUUACAAGCACUUCGGGCUACUCAUCCAUCAGUUGCACAAGUUGCUUGUGAUUCUUUGAUAUUAUUCUGCGAUAAGGCUGAUGUACUACUUGAACUUUAUCCAAAAGUUCCAUGUAAAAUAAUACAGGUUUUUUCUGAAACAUUGGAUAUAAUGACACUACGUGAACGUCGUGAUGCAUUAACAACAUCAAUGUUAUUUUGUUUGGGUGAAUGGGCAAUGCAUUUAGGUCCAAAAGUUCUAUUAAAUACAUUCCAAAAUAAAUCAUUACUAUUAAAUAUAUUUUCCGUACUUGAUAAUAUUAUAAAUAAUAAAUCAAAUAAACAAGAUAAUAAUAAUAAUAUAAAUAAUAAAACAAAUGACAUGGAUAAUUUUAAUCCUGAUAUAACAAUUGAUAAUAUUUGUAAUGAUAAUAAUGAUAAGACAUUGAAAUUUUCAAAUUAUCAAACAAUACAAUUGUCAGCUAAAAUGAUUAUGAUGCAUUUGAUAAAUCAUCUUGGACAUUUUCCAAUGGGAAUUGGUGCAUCAAGAUUAUCAUCAAUGGUUGUUGAACUUGAUGAUGUACCAAAUAUUGAAGGUGAUGAAUUUUCAUCAGCAAUAUUUCAUCUACCAAAUAUACAAUUAUUUAUGUUAUCAAAUUCAAUAAUAAUGUCAUUAAUUGAGCUAUCAUCAUUGGAUAAAAAUUGCAUGACAAAUGGUUUUAUAUCAGCUCCAUCAAUUGUCAGAACAUUAUUACGUGAUUUAGCUGGUAAAGCUGCAUGGGAUUGUUCAAUACUUUAUUGUUUACCAUUUAAUGAAAAAACAAAUACAAAUGAUGAUGAUGAUGAUGAUGAUAUAAAAAAAACAGAUAAUAAUAUAUUAAAAAAUAAAAAUGAAAAUAGUAAUAGCAAUAUUACAAGUCCAUUUAUAAUACAAAAUUCACCACCACAACAUUUAAUGCGUCAUCGUGAUCCAACAGUACUUCCAACAUAUGAAAAUGCAGCUAGUGAUAUGGAUAGUUUAGAUGAUUUAUUAAAUUACAUUGGUCAUACAAGUCCAGAAGUAUUAACAAAUCCCGAAAUAACAUUAAAUUCACCAUCAAAUUUAUCAAAAGUAAAUUGUCUUGAAAAUGAAACAAUAUCUGUAAUUUUAAAUCAAAGAAAUUCAUCACGUGAAUAUAUUGAAAAAUGGAAUGAUAAUAUUGGUAAUUGUGGUGUUAUAUCAAAACCACCAUUAUGUCAACCACCACCAGCACCAUUUCAUCAUUGUAGAUUAUUAUUUUCACAUCUUGGUUUAACUGGUUGGGAACAAAGAAAAAAUUUACAUUUAUUAUCAAAAAAUGAAAAAUUAUUACGUGAAUUUAGAAAUCUUGAUGGUCAAAGAUCAAGAGAAACUCAUAAAAUGGCUGUUAUUUAUGUUGGUAAUGGACAAGAAGAUAAAAAUUCAAUACUUGGUAAUGUUAAUGGUAGUAAAAUAUAUGAAAAUUUUGUAGCAAGAUUAGCAUGGGAAGUUGAACUUGAAAAUCAUAAUGGUUUUUUGGGUGGUUUAAUACCAGGUAAAUCAUCUGGUACAACAGCACCAUAUUAUGCAACAUCAUUUACUGAAGUUAUAUUUCAUGUUGCAACAAGAAUGCCAUCUGAUUCACCAGAAUCAUUAUUACAAAAAACAAGACAUUUAGGAAAUGAUGAAAUACAUAUUGUUUGGUCUGAACAUUGGCGUGAUUAUAGACGUGAUAUUAUACCAACUGAAUUUUGUGAUGUAUUAAUUGUUAUUUAUCCAUUGCCAAAUAAAUUAUAUAGAAUUCAAAUAUCAAGAAAAAAUGAGAUACCAUUUUUUGGACCACUUUUUGAUGAAUGUAUUGUUGAAGAUAUUGUAUUACCUGGUCUUGUUAGAACAACUGCACUUGCUGCUAGUAGAGCUAAAAGAUCAACACUAUCAUUUUAUCAACACUACUAUGAAGAACGUGCUCGUUCAAUUGACAUUGUCAUGAGAAAUUACAAAGAAUCAACGACAUUUGAGGAAUUUGCUGCUAAUGUUUAUUCACCAAUUCAACCAACUACAUUAUUUUCUGGUGCAUCAUCUGUUACUGGUUCAAUUACAAGUGUACAAUCAACAGCAUCAUCAAAUUUAGCUGCAGCACUUUUAGACUCAAAUCAAGGACGUCCAACAUUACGAAAUAAUUCAGGAUCAAGUGGUAUUGAUAAUCGCACAAAUAGAGCAUCUGAUGGAUCAAGAGUAUGGUUCAGCACAGACACACAAGACAGUCCAGCUCUUCAUGGAAUUUCACCACGUCCAUUAAAAAAAAUGUCAUUUAAAACUGGCCCAAAACAUCGAAACAAUAAUCAACAAUCAACACCACCUGAUAGUCCUCGAUACAAAUAAAUUUAACAAGCUAAAAAUGUAAAAAAACAUUUUAACAUCACACGAAUAUUAUAUUGUCAAAGCGUUUUAUCACUUGACCUUGACUUGUUCUGUUUUCCGUCCUUAGAUUAUAAUUUACAUAAUUUUUUUUUAUUAUUUACAAAUAUCUCAACAAAAUUUGUAUUUGUUUUUUUUUUUUUCUUUUUCUCCGCACAAUGAUAAAUGCGAUAAUAAUAUUUAAUUUAUUAAAGUUAUUUUAUGUGUAACUGAUGAUUUUUUUUUUUUUUAAUUUUAAAAAUGUACUGACAAAAAUAAUUGACAUCGUUGUUAUUAGCAACAAUCAAACUUAAAAUUACUGACUAAUAAACAUUCCGAUA